AUGGAAGGUAAAGAAACGGCAGAAUCCCUUGCAGAGGAGGCUGCCGCAAGUAGUUUGACCAGAACCUGCCACUUGUACGUGGUGGACCAGCAGCCGAUCGGCCAGCUGCUGUUCGAGCUGUGGUGCGAGCAGAAGGGCCCUGCCUACCAUCGCUGCCUCAAGUUCCUCGAUGCCGCCCGACGGUACGAGGUCGGCUUCGCUCUGCCCGCCUGUUCUGCCCUCACCAACGGUCACAAGGACCUGUUCGCGCCUUGCGUCGACGCCGUCAAGCGGACGCUGGCCGGCGCCCCCUUCAAGCAGUUCACCGGCUCCAUGUACUUCCACCGGUACCUGCAGUGGAAGUGGCUUGAGGCGCAGCCGGUCACCUACAAGACGUUCCGCAUCGAAUCAAGGAAAAAAGAAUGA